CGCCGCAGUCACAUGCGGGGCGGCGCCGGUCCGCUCCGCCCUCCGAGCGUCCCCCGCCCGGGCUGUGCGCAGGGAGCGGCCGCGGGCGCAGCAUGAGCGCUCUGAAGGUGUACAGCACGUCGGUGACCGGAUCCCGGGAGAUCAAAUCCCAACAAAGCGAAGUGACCAGAAUCCUUGAUGGGAAGAACAUCAAGUACGAGCUGGUGGACAUCUCCCAGGACAACGCUCUCCGGGAGGAGAUGAGGGCAAAGGCGGGCAACCCCAAAGCCAUCCCACCCCAGAUUGUCAACGGAGACCAGUACUGCGGGGAUUAUGAGCUCUUUGUGGAAGCGGUGGAACAAAACACCCUGCAGGAGUUCCUGAAGCUGGCCUGACCCGCAGGCUCUCCGCCCAUCCUGGACUCUACCUGCGUUCCUGUGCACCCCCAUCUCCGACCAUCUUCACUUCCGUGUUGUCAGCGCUGUCCUGGCACCGCGACUUGUAUUCCAGCACCAGGAAACCCGUGACCAAAACCACUCACUGCAGCUGCCUACGAUUCCUUCCUACCUGACCCCGAUGUCAUCUCAGAGGGAUCCAAAGAAAGCCCGACGCUCGCUGCGCAUGGCCUUAGAACAGAGCUGGGCCCGGCUCACACCGCAGCUUUCAGUGCCUCUGUAAACAGCAAAGCCUCUCGGGCUGUGCGAAGUGCAGCUGCCCGUCAGCCUUCUCCUCUACAGGGAGAGCUUCUGCUUUAGGAGGGAAGGGCUUAGGGUUGCAUGUUACUUCCACUCCUCCCAGUUGCUGUUAAAAUUGUAAAUCCUGCUGCCUCACUUCCUUUUUUUUUUUUUUAAAAAGAAAAAAAACUUUCAUCUCAACUGCACAGAUCAUGGCAACUAAGUUUUCUGUUUUGUUUUUUAAUAAUUUAAUGCAGAAAUACUGCACAAAGCUGGGUAUGACCACCCACUGGGGAGCAGGCUGGGGCUGAGGCGUCUCUUAGAAGGCUGGGAGCAGGUGGGCCUGGAGCUGGGACCUGCACUGCUCCAUCAGUGCUGUGACGCAGUUUGAGGGCUCUCUGGUGAGCGCUGAUGGCUCAGGGCUGCUUCACAACAGCUGAUGCUCCAGCUAUCUCAUCCUUCCUGUUUUCUGUUGGCUUUUUGCAACUUGGACCAAGUGCAUUUUGUUUUCCUGCCAAAAAGCGAGUUUAUAACCAGCGUUGUCUUCCGAGAUGCUAUUAAAUGUUACUGUACCUUU